AUGAAGGUGGUUGUGGGAAGCGCGGUCGUGGGAGGUGUGAAGAGCGCUGUCCCGAGGCCUCGCAUCACACCCGCGCCCAGUGCUGAGUUGUUGGUCGAGAGGCAAGAUCCUGAUGCCAUUUCGCUCGCUCAAGUACUGCUCACUGCCGUUCCCGAAUCUCUACGCCAGAUUGCUGCUACCAAUCUACCCGCCGUCUCGAGCAUUCUUUGGGAAGAAUUCCUCGACGACAAAAGGCCCGAGUGGUUUGAAGAGCUGCCAUGGGAGGUUCAGAGUUAUCUGAUAAGGAAGUUUGGACCACAGACUGCGUGGCCGACCGAGGCGCCGACGAGUGGGGGGUUUGGCGCAUCGGAUGGCUUCACUGCAACUGUCAUUGUGACAGCAUCAAGCGACCGAACAAGCGAGCCGACUAGGCCUGCGACUUCGUUUACGACUUCAUAUACGAGCGGUUCCUCACAAGCCCCCGUGUCAGAGUCAUCUGCAUCGCCGUCGCGAACCAUCUCCUCAUCGAUAAACCUCGCUGAACCAUCCGAAACAUCCACUCCAUCACCUACAACCGAACCAGAAGCCCCCGCAUCCUCCAACAAUGGCUUGUCCAGAGACCAAAAGAUCGGGCUCGGCGUGGGCAUUCCCUUCGGUCUCCUCGGCGCUGCAGCUCUCUUCUUGGCAUGCUGUAUGCUCUGCCGCCGUCGCAAGAAGAAGCACGUUGAAGGCUCCAUCCCACCAGCAUCUCCCGGUUUUAUCCCCCGCUUCGCCUUCCAAGACAGAUCCCAUGAUGGUGAGCACCGCACGUCGUUGAUCCGACACACGAAUCGAUCUACCCCAGACGUCGGCGCGGCUUGGGACGACGAGGGUGUAGAUCCGACACAAAGCAUGACGGCACAGAAUCCAUAUGCAUGGAACGAUCUUGGAGCAUACAACCACACCAACACACCUGCCCAGGCCCCGCCCGCCGCGACCUCAGCGUACUCAGCGCUGGACAACGGUAUCGAGGAGACCAACUACUCCAACGUCCCAGUCAUGAUGAUGCACGACCCGAAGCCAGUCAUGGCGCCCGCACUAUACCACACGCAUUCCUCGAACCGAGCACGAGGAAAACGAACAAGCUACACGAGCCUGCACUCCGUAGCAGAAAUCUCUGAACCUGACGAAACGCUCGAGUCGCCGGUCUUAGGCCGAAACAUCUCGCCCAACCACAGCCCGGCAAGGAACUUGAUGCCCACACCACCUGUACCUGCUGAUGCGCAGAUCAGGCGGAAACCGUUGCCUUCGAGCCCGCCUCUUCCGCCGCUCCCAAACGCUCCUUCACCUGUAGCAACGAGCCCCGCGGCACAAGCAGCAUCUCACAAAUUGCUGCGGCAGACAAUGCCCGAGCACAGUGGGAGCAGCUCUAGCGGUCUAGCAUUAACCACAUCCAGCGGCCUGAGCAGCAGCUCCAGUCUCGCUAUCCACGCUGAGGCGAUAUCGCCUAUAUCGCCUGUUUCAAACCGCGCGACUAGCAACCCCUUCCACUACGAUUCGUACGUCGAAGACUACGGCCCGGAGUACCAGUACGGCUAUGUCGACGUUGAUGACGGCCUGUACGGCGGGAAUACCUCCCUCUCCCAGUAUCCUGAGCCAAGGCGGAAGAACUCGAAGACGGAGUGGCCGUUGAGGAAUAUUGUAGGAGGGCAGCAGAGGAGGAGGAGUAGCCCGAUCUGGGAGAAGAUUUAUGAGGAGUGA